CCGAACUCCACUGAUCUGAUCGGAUACCCCAGAACUAUUAAUACAUCCUGGAUACCUUUACCAUCACGAUGAUUCUAAUCUGGUUUUCACAACCUGUACAUGCUGAAGCCAAUCUCUGGCAUUAUUUCAAGUUCAAGCCAUGCCAGAACAAAAUCACAAGAACAACGACGAGGAGCCUAAUGCGGUUGAGGUUGAACUACUCACCGUGGACGAGGCUGACAACUACCAAGGUCUGACCUUGAAAUGUGUCCUUGUUUACUUGUCCAUACUCAGUGGUUGCUUUGCACAAGUCCUUGCAAUUGUUGCAACUGGCGCAUUUGCCAGAAACAUGGCCAGCGCUUUGGGCGGACGUGACAAGUAUAUUUGGAUCCCUCAAGGCCUGAUCAUCUGCAGCACGUUCACGGCAGCCCCCAUCGCGCAGUCGUCAGAUUUCUGGGGCCGCAGAUCACUGAUCCUGAUUUGCACCGCUCUCUGCAUCACUGGCUCUGUAAUCAUCAGCAGAGCGUCUUCCAUGACCAUGGCCAUUGCUGGAUCGUUAGUGGUCGGUGUUGGGUCAGGGACAACUUCACUGUUAUAUGCAGUUGCAUCUGAGAUCAUGCCACGACAGUAUCGACCAGUUGCCCAAGCUGGGGUCAAUAUUGCCAACUCACUUGGUGGGAUAUUUACGUUACUACUUGGCUUCGGACUUGUCAGGAAAGACGACGAAAACUUUCGAGUUGUUUGGUAUGUUGGCACGGGGCUUUUUAUCCUCAACUUUGCGGCCAUCUUCUUCCUCUUCAAACCACCCAAACGACGCCUUGAGUCAUCCCUGACCUGGAAGGACAAGGUCAAGGCUCUCGAUUUGAUAGGGUACAUUACUUUUUCCAUUGGAAUGAUAAUGUUCAGUGUGGGAUUGACAUGGGCCAACAACCCGUAUUCUUGGCAAAGUGCCCCGGUGCUCAGCACAUUUGUUAUUGGCGUGGUCUUUAUCAUCCUCACAGUGCUUUGGGAAGUUAAGAAGAAGGAUGGAUUUUGCCAUCAUGCUCUAUUCCAGACAAGCCGCAACUUUGCACUUGCCCUGGUCUUUAUUUUCAUCGAAGGAUUCGCAUUCUAUGCGGCAAACAACUUUCUUCCUCUGGCGUACUCGAUUUAUUUCGAGAGUGACCUUCUUAAGGUUGGCGCCAUGAUGUCCCUUAUUUUCAUUGGAGGAGCAAUCUCGUCCGUGAUUGGCGGUCUCUACUCCACCAAGGCGAGGAGAGUCCGACCACCUUUGACGGCCGGGAUGGCACUCUUUGUCAUCUAUUUUGCAUGUAUGGCUACUCUCAAGCCCAGUCAGCUAGCUGCGAUGUGGGGUUAUACUGUCUUGGCGGGCUUUGGCCUUGGGUUCGGUCUUGUCAUCGCCGUCACGACUGGACAGAUAAGCACUCCGCCUGGCUUGAUUGCCACAACCAGCGGCCUGAUCUUGACUUCAAGAUCUUUAGGGGGUUCAGUGGCUCUCCCUGUUUAUACUGCUAUUCUCAACUCCUUAUUGUCUGAACAUCUUGGUCAAAAGAUAGCCGAAAGGGUUGUUCCUCUCGGGCUCUCUGCCAAGAACUUACCAGCCUUUGUCAGUGCUCUUGCUAAUAAUGACCAACGAGCUCUGGCAGCCAUUCCAGGUGUCACUCCCGACGUAAUCUCGGCGGGAAUUGUUGGGCUGAGGUCAGCUUAUCACAUAGCCUUCCGCGGCACCUGGAGUGCAGCAGCAGCAGUCUCGGCGGUUGGUUUAAUACUUGCGCUUUUUGUCCGCGAUCCUCGCGACAGCUUUAACAUGCACGUGGAUGCGCCGGUCGAGCAUGAUAUUGCCAGAGGGCUUGAUCAAUGCUUGGAAGGUGGGAGCAAAAACGUGAAUGGGACAGAACAUAUUGAGUCAAGCAGUGUCAACGAAAAACCUUGAGACAACGCUUGAGCUGGGAGUUUGGCUCAGCUAAGUAGGUUUGUUGUUUUGGCAGAUCACGUUUGAAAGGAAAGAUGCCAAUAGUCCUUCCGGGUUGCUUAGAACCAGGGGGACCGCAAGUAUGGAGGCGAAUCUCUGUGCCAAUUCAGUUGUCUCCAUUUAUGAACGUUCAAAUGUUACUCGCAAUCCUUGUCUAGGCUUUAAUUUAGUAGUAAUGCGGCAGUAUCUUAUGGCCAGGAACCUCUUCAAUCCUCCGAUCCGUAAAAAGGUAUGUUACCAGUGCGCUUAAGGUGGAGGGAAGGGACGUUGGAAAUCAGCUCAGGCUUAUGCAAUGGCCGGCAAGCUUGUUCAGUGGUACUUCACCUUUGAAGUGAACUCUCGGCAGCCACAAUGAAGUAUCAAACCGGCAACAGGUGAUAUCAGUUACAGCUACACAUUGACUAGAACAUCGUUACGCACUUGUAUGAGAAUCCUUGUGUAAGUUAAGC